AUGUUACCACAGAGUGCUAGAUCCAUUAGGAAAAAACGAAAUAUAAACUUAAUACUUAAUAGUUCCCCAAUUAUUCAACAACAACAACCACCGAGAAAUAGUGCGGACGAUGGGUUAUCUCAACGUUUAACCGAUUUAGAAUUUGGGCUAGAGUUUAGACUUGAUUUGAAAUCUGAGGAUUUGAUACCAUUAAAAGAACUUGGUGCGGGUAACGGUGGAACAGUUUCGCAGGUUAUGCACGUUACUACAAAAACUGUAAUGGCUAAGAAGAAGAAUGGGCCUGUUCCUUUAGGAAUAUUAGGAAAGAUUACAUUAGCAGUAUUAGAAGGACUGAAUUAUUUGUAUGAAAGUCAUCGAAUUAUUCAUAGAGAUGUAAAACCUUCCAAUAUUCUCGUCAAUUCAAAAGGGCAAAUCAAAAUCUGUGAUUUUGGUGUGUCCGGCCAACUUAUUAAUUCAAUUGCAGAUACCUUUGUAGGGACAUCAAAUUAUAUGUCUCCUGAACGUAUUCAAGGUGCUUCUUAUAGCGUAAGGUCGGAUGUUUGGUCAGUUGGAAUUACUUUGAUGGAAUUGGCACUAGGUCGAUUUCCUUUCCCACCAGAUGGUAGUCAAUUAACUGUCUUGGAACUUUUACAACAUAUUGUGAAUGAACCUGCUCCCAUGUUACCUGCAGGUGAAUUCCCAGAAGACUUUCGUGAUCUCGUUGGAAAAUGUUUAAUUAAAGAUGUUAACACGCGACCAUCGCCCAAUGAAUUAUUGAAACAUGCUUAUGUUAAAGCAUCAGCUGAAGCUCAAGUAGAUGUUGAAGCAUGGGCAAAAUGCAUUAAAAGAUAA